UGUUCUAAUAGGUAAUGGUGGUUCCCAGAUGACGGUUCCAUGAGCGCGCAUUGAUGGUUUUAAAAUAAUACCGUACAGAUACGUAUGUUUUGCAGCGAAUUAGCAGAGACAUCUCCUUCGAACUUCCUCAGCAGCCGUCAGCGCGUCCGUACUGAACCAAAGAGGCAGCACACUGCACAAUGACUCAUAAGCCUUGGCAGAGUGAUGGCUACAUUCUCUUUGAAGAGCGAAGCACCAUCAAGUGCAACUUCUUCAAGAAAGGGAACUUCUCGGUUACCCUUGCUCCAGGCUAUCAAGGUAUCCCUGAGAACCUCAUUAUCAACUUCGGAAUGUGGGUGGGUCUUCUGGGCCUUUACAGCAUUCUGAACAGGACUGUCAAGAACUAUAGUAGAAUGGCAAUGGUACAUCGAGCAGACCAAAAUUGGUCUCAGCUCAUUUACGGGAACAGAGCAGACGCGGCAGACGACGACAGUUUGGAAUCGCUAGAGGGAGCCAUAAGAAAUGAAACUGGACUUCUAAGCUGGGUAUGGUCCAUAUUUUUGAUAAAGGAUAGACACGUACUCAAGAAAAACGGACCAGACGCUGUUCAAUACCUGACCUUCCAGCGGCACAUCAUAGUGUUUGUCCUGAUUGUAUGUCUCUGCUGUGUGGGAAUUAUCCUCCCAAUACACGUUUUUGGAGACAUGGAAGGAGAUGCUAGGAAGUUUGUGCAUACCACCCUUAGUAACCUCGAUCCUAAGGCAUCAAGUCUCUGGGUGCAUGUUGUGCUGGCUUUCUUGUUUCUUCCCAUGGGCGUUAUGUUCAUGCGCCACUUCUCGGCUAAGCUUCAGAUUCGCCCAGAAGAAAGCAGGGUCACAAGAACACUUAUGAUUGUAGGAGUGCCGAGGAAAUAUUGCAACCUCCAGUUGUUUCAGCAGUACUUCAGCGAAGCUUACCCAGAGUGCAUAAUACAAGACAUUCAAUUUGCAUAUGACAUCAGAGAGCUCAUGCUGUUCGAUAGCAGCAGAGAGGUGUCAACACAAGCCAGGCUGUGGUGUGAGAACCAUAUCCUCACCACAGGAGAGAGGCCCAAGAUGAGACCCCACCAGUUUGGACGGCUGUGGAUAUUUGGUGAUUCCUGUGGCUGCAGAAUGGUUGAUGCAUUGGACUACUACCUUUACGAAGAGCACAACUACCUCGGAAAAGUUGAAUCAGAACGUUCAAGAGCCCUUAGCAGACCUGUUGGAUUUGUUUUUGUUACUUUUGAGACUGAAGAAAUGGCAGCUAUGGUGUGCAAAGAUUAUAGAACUCAAUGCCAGUGUUACUCCACUAUGCCAUCCUCAUCACUGAACAAGCAACUGCGCCCGAGUAUGUGGAAAGUCACAUUUGCCCCACCUCCGAGCGAUAUAUUUUGGGAGAACCUCGCAAUUGGCAAGUGGGCCUGGUACAUUCGAUCAUUCUUCAUAAACUUUGUACUUUUCCUGGUCCUGUUUUUCCUGACAACGCCCUUCAUAAUCGUGUCUAACCUGGAUAGAAUAUUUCGUUCUGCAGAGCCGCUGCAUCCAUUUUUUUCAAAAUUCCUUCCAACCAUGAUGCUCUGGCUGGUAGCCGCUGCCAUGCCUGCCAUGGUCACUAUGUCAGACGUCUUCAUCGCACACUGGACAAGGUCAUCAAGAAACCAUUCUGUGAUGAAAAAGAUCUUUGUGUUUCUCCUCUUCAUGGUUCUCAUACUACCAUCUUUGGGCCUCACAAGUGCUGAAGCGUUUGUUGGCUGGGCAUUUAAACCAAGCAAUCAAACAGAGUUAUGGAAAUGCCUUUACCUGCCAGAUAGCGGUGCAUUUUUUAUAAAUUAUGUGGUGACCUCUUCGUUUGUGGGAACGACAAUGGAACUCAUUCGUUUCCCGCAGCUUUGCCUCUUCAUGCUGUACACCUUUAUGUCUAGAUCAAAGGCAGAAACCUUUGCUGUUCAGAGAGCGUCCCUGUUCGAGUUCCAUUUCGGAGUUCACUACGCGUGGUACCUCCUUAUCUUUGCCAUUAUCAUGAUCUACAGCCUGUCCUGCCCGCUCAUAGCACCUUGUGGCCUGCUGUACUUGUGUUUCAAGCACUGUGUGGAUCGGUACAACAUUUACUUCGUGUACAGUCCCUCAAAGACAAACAAAUACAUCCACGCUACCGCUAUUGACUUUGUCAUCAUAUCCCUGAUUCUGCUGCAGUUCUCGCUUUUCAUAUUCUUCUACCUGCGGACAGGUGCCAGCAAUGUAACGUUAGUGCUAUGCAUCGUUUUCAUGCUAUCGGUGAUAAUGUUCAUUGGCCAAGCAAUGAUGAAAUGUUUCAGAGACUUUGGUCCCAUAAAAUAUGUGGCUUCAAGUCUCUUCCACACGAAUGAAAGUGGCUGCACUGGUAACACUGUCAUAACUGAAGACAAUGAUGAGCAGCUUUAUGUACCUGACGUUCUGAAGGAUCGGCCCAUACCUCCGUCACUGCUGACGCCAGCUCAACAUGCAAACAGGGAUACCAGCACUAGCUCAGACACAUCAGGAAGUGAAUCAGACAUCAGAACUUCCUCCACAUCUGAUGACCCUGAACACACCAUACCAGCAGAGAUAACGUUUGAAGGCAAGCAUCCUAUCGGAAGAUUGAAUGCCAUAGAACAAGGAUUAAAAGUGGCAGAACAAAGAUUAAAUUCCGUGGCGCAAGGACUAAAAAUGGCGGCACUAGGAUCAAAUAAGACGAAGAACUGCAGAAUAUACUACCACGCUGUGGUAUGCUAACUGACAAAAGUGAUGCACACUUGUACACAAUCAGACCGAUCUCACAGUAAGCAGCAGAGCAAGCAUAUGCAGACGGGUGAGGCUAUGCUAUGUUUGGUAUAGCCAGCAUGGUUCAUCUGUGCACCUCAAUCAGGUAUUUUCCACAACUGUACACCUGUUGUGCAAUGCUUAUUUACCUGUAUUUCUCUUACGCAAGUUAAGUGUGCUUUCAGAGAAAUAAUACAUUGGAUAUGUGUAUGGUUAUAUAUUUUUUUUUGCAAAUACCAAAAGGUUCCAGAUUUUAUUCUGAUGCACCUGGAUAAAGUGUUGAAAGUGCCGUUGUUACAUGCCAAUAAAAUAGUUUCUGGUGUUUUGAACUAUUUCGGCAUGCAGAGCAUAGAGAAAUUAUGGAAUUCUUGGGCAUGGAGUCUAUUUUUGCACAGUGCAUCUUGUAUAUUGUUGCAAGCACGAAACGCACACUGUCCGUGGUUGAGAAUCUGUUUUCAGCUACCUUUUCAGCAAUUUCGAAUUUAUAUCGUGCACUGUGUACAGAGUUCUGCAUAGUCAUGAAAAUGUAUAUAUUGUCCAGUCAACACAUAGUACAGAGAGUCACUUGGAAUGUUGUCAGAUAAUUGAACCGAGAAAUCACUCUUAAUUCUUACUAACAGGUGUUUAUUGUGUCCUGUUGCCAGGCAGAUGCCCCUCGACAUACAUACCACAUAUUUACAAAUGCUUGUCUAAUUUAUUUAUCAAUGGCUUUGCAAUAAAAUCUGUUAUGUCAACAUUU